GGUAAUUCCUUCACCUUCACAGCGAAGCGGGCGACCGAGACUACGGAACAGUCCAUGGAGUCGAAAAGUCUACGGGAAAAACAAAACUCUUCAAGAUACCAGUUCGAUGAUGCGAAAAUUCAUAAGCUUCCGUCUUUAAAUCUUCCAUUUCAAAUCAAAAGUUUUCCUGAUCAGAGCGUACAAAGGAUCAGAAAUAAGAGCCUGCGGGAGAUCCAAAACUUGUCAAGUCACUUAGAUGAUGUGAAAGUUCGUACGCUUCGGUCACUAAGUCUUCCAUUUCAAAUCAAAAGUUUCCCCGAUCAGAGCGUCCAAGGAAUCAGCUCAAAGUUCUCGUAUUUAGAUUCCGCAAUGCCAGGACUUUGGUCAAAAAGUCUAACGGUUCAAAGCGUUCGUCGUUAUAGUACCAGUCCGUUUUCCCAUUUAGACUCUUCAGGACGAGCGCGAAUGGUAGACGUAAGCAGAAAGAGAGUCACAGAAAGAACAGCGAUCGCCGAAUGCCGUCUUAAUGUAAGCGCAGAGUUGGUGAAAUUGUUAAAAGAUGGUGCGUUACCUAAAGGCGACGCUCUAGGCGUGGCUAGAGUCGCUGGUGUAUUAGCUGCCAAGCGGACAUCAGAUCUCAUUCCGUUAUGCCAUCCUCUUCCAUUAGACUGCGUCCUUGUCUCUUUAGAACUGCCAGAAAAGGAGGACGAUAAUACAGUCUAUAUUACUUGUGAGGUUCGCGUGACAGCGAAAACUGGUGCUGAAAUGGAAGCGUUAUCCGGUUGUUCCGGGGCAGCUUUAGCUCUAUAUGAUAUGUGCAAAGCUGUAGACAAGGAGAUGGUCAUAUCUGGUCUUAGAGUCGUCCGGAAGACAGGGGGUAAAAGCGACUACCCUCCUCCGAAGUUAGCCCCUUCGCCUCCGGCGGAGACGACCAAGCCAGUUGAUUGGCCGAAGGAAACCUUUGCUCCCAUUAAUGUUGUUUACUUGUGAUUGAGUUGUGAUAUGCGAAGGAUAUAGGUUAGUUUUUAUAUAAGAUAAUAUCAAGAUAUUGUUGUGGAACUAAUAAAGUUGUUAUAGUUAUACGAUGUUACGUGAAACGAACAUCAACAGUGAAUUGUUUAAGAUGAUAAGUAUAUAUUGUGAUUAGUUCCCGAUACGCCGGAUUUUCUUUAAUGCGUCACAAUCCGGCUAAACGAGAAUCCGGCGAAUCGGGAACUAAUUUAAAUUUAUAAAUUAUUAUAUGCAUACAUAGUCAUAAUUAUGCAUUGGCGGUAAGUAUAUUUAUAUGUCCAAUAAAGGGUAAAAUAAAUUAUAGGUACUUCUUUAGCACGACUUAAUAACAUUGUUAUUUUAGUAAUUUCUAUACAAGUCUAAGGACAAUACAUCAAUAUCAUUGUCAACACUAAGUACUGUACAGUAUAUACUUUCCCGCUCCUAAGUUAACAGUUGAAUAAACAUGCCUUGAAUUGUUAUGUAUAUUAUGCCAAUUGAAUAAUGAAACUAGUUAAUAUUAUUGAUGACAUUAU